CCCGAUACCCCACAUCUAGUUACACAGCAUCAUCACUCAAGUCACCAAGUUGUGGCAUUGUGUUCUUCAUCAACUUUCUGCCCCGUAAACAUGUCAAAAUACAGUAGUGCAUACAGCAGUGAAAAGCUGAUCCCUCGAAUCAUCGACGAUAUAGCUCGAACUCAUCCCGAUGUGCUUUAUGCAGAGAUCCCGAAUGAUGCCCAUUCAUGCCAAGCGGGGUUUCGCAAGAUCACUUACAAAGAUUUAGCCAAUGCCAUCAAUGGACUGGCACUAUGGAUCGAGAGAACAUUGGGCAGGGGAUUGAACUUCGAGACGCUUGUUUACCUUGGACCGCAUGAUCUGAGAUACAUUCUCAUGUUACUCGCAGCUGUUAAGGCGGGCUACAAAAUGCUGUUUCCAUCCUCUCAAUUCGCAAUCCAGGGCAUCCUGGCGCUCAUCGAAAAGGCCGCAGGAAAAGCACUCUUAACUCCGGUUUGCAUUCCUCCCACUGGCGCUGCUAUAAUAGAGGCAUCUCAACUGAGCCACUACCAAAUCCCGGAGUUGAGCGACCUAUUGGAUGUUGAACAUUCGACGUAUGCAUUUGAGAAAAGUUUCGAACAAGCACGCGCCGAGCCUUUCGUGGUUCUACACACGUCGGGGUCCACUGGCUUCCCGAAGCCAAUUACCUGGACUCAUGACUGGGCUCUGAGCUUCGGAACUGAGAUCUCUCUUGACGCGCCAGAAGGUUACGAAACCAUGUUGAAUGCUUUGCCGCAUUUCCGAGCGCUGAGCAUGUAUCCCCGUUUCCAUGCUGGCCACAUUUUCACGUGUCUGCUUUAUCCUGUCUUCGGUGGUACUGUGGCGAUAUAUCCCCCGAGUGAGCGACCACCCGGUGCGGCUGUGGCACUAGAGACCUUACAGGCUACCCAGACUGAUUUGGUUUUCUUUGGACCACUUCACGUCACGGAACUGUACAAUGAUUCGUCUCUACUUGAUAAAAUCUCGCAACACGUUAAGCGUAUCUCAUGGGCCGGCGGCGACAUUACCGACACCGCAGGCGACGCUGUUAACUCCAAAGUUUUGCUCAUGGUUGGCCUUGGUGCUACGGAGAUGGGAAAUUGGCCAACCAUACGAAGCAAAACCUGGGAUCCUGCCGAUUGGCACUAUGCGCAAUUUCAUCCAGCGAUGAACAUGGUUAUGGAACAUCGUGAGGCAAGCAUACAUGAGGCAGUCAUAAAGAGAAGGACCGAAGGCCACGAACAGCCAAUCUUUAAGAUCUACCCACAUUCAGACGCUUAUGCCACUGGAGAUAUGUUCGUGCCUCAUCCAAAGAAACCGGAUCUCUGGAGAUACUAUGGUCGAGCGGAUGAUAUGUUGGUGUUUCUAUCGGGCGAAAAGUUUCAUCCGCUUGGUGUUGAGAACUUCCUGUCCCACCACGAGAAAAUCGAGAAUGCUCUCGUUAUGGGUACAGGAAAGAGGAGCUCAAUCCUGCUCAUUAAGCUCGCUGACGGGACGAGUGUCGAUUCUAUAUGGCCGAUCAUUGAAGAGAUGAAUGAGCAAUGCCCUUUAGUAGCAAGGGUGACUCGAGACCGAAUUCUGGUUGCACGUCCUGAAAAGCCGUUCGUCGUGACGCCGAAAGGUACGGUCCAGCGAAGAGCUACGGUUGAGUUAUACUCGAAAGAAUUAGAUAGAUAUAUGUAG